GGAGAUUUCACGUGAGAAUACGACAAACCACCUCGCUCACACUGUAAUUCUCUUCCUUUUCCAGUCUCCGUUUAAACUGAGAGUCGGUCUGUUUGUUCUUUCUUUUUGUGGAGGAAUGUGAUAAUCGAAGCCAUUACAAGCUCGUCAACGAAUUUAGGAUGAUACACCCGUGUUCUUCGUUUUGUUUAUCUAUUUUUCACUUCAUGCCAACACUGUAAAUGCAGGGGGUAGAGCGGACUGCUUGUCCGCAAUCAGAAAGUCCACGUCUGUCUGGGGACCGGGUUUAAGAGGAUGUAAGGAUCAAUUAGAUUUUUUCAACCAAAGUCUCCUUAUCAAAAUGCAGAAGGGAAUACGAUUUAAUGAUGGUCAUGUCACCUACCUGGGUCUUUUGGCAAAGAAGGAUGGUACGAGGCGAGGUUGCUUGAGCAAAAAGAGCUCAGACAACACAAAAUGGCACUCAAAGUGGUUCGCUUUAUUACAAAAUAUGCUGUUUUAUUUUGAAAGCGAAUCAAGCUCUCGACCCGCGGGGUUAUACCUGUUGGAGGGAUGCGUGUGUGACAGAGCGCCGUCACCUAAACCCUCACAAUCAUCCAAGGAGUGUUUAGAAAAGCAGGUAGGAAUAACACACAUUCAAGUUCAUAACAUUGUCUUUUUUGGGGGGAAACGACUGUAACUAAAUUACAGGUUGAUUGAAUAAACAUGAAUGAUGCACCAGUUACCGAUGUACAGAUAUCCUCAUGAUGAGGUUGAAAGCAGGUGAUCAUGUGAAUCAGAAGGUUCAGUGUUAUCAGUGCAUGUUGCGAAUCUUUUUUUUGGAAGAGUAGACUAUCCUACUUGAAGUGUUGUCAUUAUUUAUGUUUUUUUUUCCUAUUCCUCUUUAUCCACAGCAAUUAUUCCAUUCCAAUCCAGUGGAAAUAUAACCUACAGUAGGCCUAUAUCAGAUUACAUUCAGAGCCGUUUGCUCAGUGUGCGUGUGUUAUGCAAUCUGCAUCGGAUUAAUGAUUCCAUUAUCAACACCGAAUUGAAUACGGAGCUGCCUCGCGGUUUUUCUGCAUUGUGCCUUUAUGGGGUUUGCUUAUUUUAGACAAAAAUACAAUAGCAACUAAUUGGAAAUUAUGGAUUUAUAGAAAAAUAUAAAUCCCUUAAUCCAUAUAGCCUACAUAGUCUAUAGGCCUAUAUGAUUUUUAAAAUGUGGUUGAUCUGGACAUAUUAUUGUGGAACCAACGUAACGUUAUUUCACUGAUAUACAGUCAAGUUUGGUGAUACUGUUUUCUUUUUUUCAAGAAAAUUGCGCUAAAGAAAAAAGGUAUUGCAUCCCACAGUCGCCAUCUUGUGGAACACGGACGUAAUACCACUGUUUGACGUAUUGAUUUAACUCUCGCAGACUCGCACUGAUAUUAAUAGCAUCCUACCUUGGCAACUGCGUCUGCAGCAAAUAGUGUUUAAUAACAAGACCGUAGACCUAUUUCAAGUGAGCAUUGGGGUCAUCAUCACUAUUGUUGUUAUGUUUUGGUACACUGCAUUUUUCUCUCAAAGAAAUGGGCUAAGUUAUUCCUUCACAUUGGGAUCAGUGAAUGGUAGGAUGAGGUUGUUCAAGUCUGGAAGAAAAAAAUAAAACAUAAUAAUUUGUCUUGAUUGGCUACUCACUGUAAGCCUAUUAUGAAUAAACAGUAGGCAAUGGUCUGUAAUAUUUCCAGUACUUUCAACUACAUACCCAUUGAUGUGGAAGAAUAUUAUUUAUAAUGCUGGAGUAAAUCUGUAGAAGUAGACACUGUAAGAUACUACUUUCUUACUUCAAGUAAGAUGGUUAACUGAUACCCUUCAUCUUAUUAUAUGGCUCAACUUGUUUCAAAUUCCUUACAGAAAAACAGUCAUGAAAAACAGAAUACAAAAUGGUGCUGUAAUCCUGGUGUUCUCUAUUACUGAUAUAGAAAAGUUAGAAAGAUUGUGCACAUGAAGGAAGAUGUAAUGAUUGUGGAAUGUUUUGUGUGUAGGAUCAUUGGAUUGAGGCUCUAUCUGCUAGUGGUUCUGUUUGUGUCUGUUUUGUUCUGUCUGCUGUUCCUAUCCAUGACUCUAUAGGGCCGUGGUCCAAAGUGAGUCCAGGCCUUUCCUGUGAACAGCUGUCCCUGUGCUGACAAAGCAGUAUGUGGCGUAGUGGCUAAUAUUUUGCUCUCCCAGUUCCCCUCAUAAGAGAAUGAAAACUCCUCAUAUCACGAACGUGCAAAUUGUUACAGAGGAAUUUGUCAGGAAUUUCCUUGUUUUGAUCCAUCCUGUUCAACAUGAUUAUCGGAUGGCUAAAUAAAACAGAGAUUUUGAGGUUGUUUUGAUAGUGUCUGUGGAGUCUGUAUUUGAAGGAAUGAUCCAUUCCCACUUGUCAUGCUCCAUAGCUGCCAGAGUCAACAAGCUCUGUUCACAACUUCAUCCGUGUUACAUAGUUCAGAUUGUAUUUGUCACACCCCAUUGCAUCCUACUACCAUCUCUAAGCCAACAUACAUUACUGUUUAUAGCAAUUAUUUAACAGAAAACAAAAACACCACCAUACUCUCACAUAUAGUACAUGUGAGUGUUCAUUGGUCAGUCAGUGUUCAUUUGGUAAAAGAUGAGCAAUACAUUAUAAAUUAUAUGCCAUUAUUUAAUAUACAGAUGCCUAAUCUUAAUUAGAUCACUUUUUUGUUGCUGAGAAUUUUCGUGCACAGCAGGAAAUGCAAACUUGUAGUGUAUUCAAGUUUUAAAAAGGCUUCUAAAGUUUGUAAUUUCCACUUUAAAAAGUCAGACUUGAUUUGCCCUAACGAAAAAUCUAUCAACCCCUACAAAAAAUGUCCAUUAAUUAUAAUCCACAUAAUAAUUCACAUUUCAUGUUGCUGCAGGAUUCUUUUCCUGCUGUAGCAAACGGGCUCAAAUUAAGAUAUGGCAUCUGUAUAAGAAUGAGCUGUAUAUUUAUGUCUUAUGGGUAUGUAUAAUCAGAGACCAUUCACCUUGUUUGCACACAAGCAAGUUUAUCCUGAAUGAGGAUAUUGGAUGGCACAGAGACAAUCAACAGACUAAAUCUGUGACAACCCUAGGAUUAAAGAUAAUCUUCUAUAGUCAUGGUAUGCUGGUUUGUAAUGAAUGUUUUCUAUACUAUUCAUAUAACUUGUAUCAUAUUUCUCUCACUCCCAUUUCUGCCCUCACACAUUGGCAGAUUUACAUGAAAUUUUACUGUGAAGUGAAAUGCAAUGAUGCAGGUCGUUGUGAAGUUUGACAGCUUUAGGGUCCACCAUAUUGAUGAGAGCGCAGACAGACAGGGAUGCCGGUGCUUUCUAAAGAGAGCAUUAAUGCCCCAGGUAGAAUGACAGGUCAGUAGAUAUCUUGCCUUUCUCAUAUUUGCAUAAGAAUCAGGUGUUUAAAUUACCUUUUAACUGUCACUACAGUUCUGGAUUGAGCAUUUAUUCCCACAUUUAUAUUUGUCCCCAAAAACCAUUAACUAAAGAAUGCUAAUGUAUUUGAGCCCAAGGUUCCUAUGGCAACCUUAUUUGCAUCUAAAAUAAUGAUGUGUGGAAGGGCUAGGGGACUGCAGAGAGUAUCAGUGUGUCGUCGCGACUCCGCUCCCUUCCCCUAUUAAUACAACCAACCGCGCUAUCUGUGCUAAAUUUGUUCCUUGCAGUACCUCGUAGGGGUCAGGGCCCAUUUAUAGAAAAACACAGUCACUCCUCUUUGGAGAACAGCAGCAUUUUCUAGCAUUCCGCAGCCAGUGAUGGCUGAUAUAUUUCUGUUCUGUUCUUUCUCACCCCACUUUGAGGUAGCUGAAUGAGUGUAUGACACUCAAAGCCAGACAGAAUAUUGGGAAUUGUUCUUGCUAUGAGCAAAAACCUGUAGUAGAUUGCCUCUAUACAGUAUAUUUUACCACUUAAGUUCUCCAACAUUGUGCAGAAUUAAAUGGCAGGAUAAUAUGUGACUUGUAAAAAUAGCUAAUUCACAGGAAGGGAAGCAUAGUUGGGAGGAAAACUAUUGACGCUGCAUGCCUGGUUGCUCUUGUGGACAGGUGGGAUAUUGUUUUAUUACAAAGGCCUCUGCUCUGGCUUUUUUGUUAUUCUGUUAGGGGAAUGGGUUGCAGGUACAGGCAUGUAGCAGAUGUUGGUUUAGGCUGUAUCACAACAUUGACUCACUUACUCGUGACUUAAACCUGUUUAUUCCUUCCUUGGGGAGCAUAGGUCAUCCACAAUUUUCAACCAGCAGGCACAACAUUCCAUUAUCACAACAUUGAUUUUCUAGCGUCAUGAGAAAAAUGUUAUUCAUUACUUACAUCUCCAAAACAAACAAUUAUUCAGUUCAGAUCAUCAGGAUUGCAGCAUUGAUUGUAUAUGUUAAGAAACCAUUGAAAGUGUGUGAGUGGUAUGACUCAGCCGUAAACAUAAAGCGUGAAGCAGGCUGUGUGUUAAACAAGCCACUCUCCCUGCUCUUAAAGAGAGGAUGAAGGAAAACUACAACAACAACAAGCAUGCAUCCCUGACACAAAUAGAUUAUUUUUGAAGGGAGGAUGAAUACCUAAUGAAUGUGAAGAUUGAAAAGCAUUCAGCCAUGAAUAGUGAUGAGGUACAGGUUGAUGGGCGCCUGUUGGACAUCUGCAGGCCAAAGAUAAGGCUUGGCUUUCACUCAACAUGGUUGCUGACAAAGUACACACAAGGAGUCACAUUUUUAACCUUGACCGUGAUUCCAAUGUGUGAGAUGUGAUAAUGUAGACGUUCUUUUGCCAAGCAGCACUGAUCUUUUUCCAUCUUGCCAUGCCAUUCGUUGUGUGUUUUGGUGUGGUCAGACCAUUUUUUUUACAAGAAAAUUGUAAGAGCAAUGAGAUUCUUAUUUGAAGAAGGAAAACUCAUCAAAUGUUAAGGGAGUGUUAAAUGUACAACAACAGUGUAGAAAUGGACUAUAUGUACAAAACAGUAGUCUGGCAUGGUCUGAAAUGAACUUUUGUUUAAUCAACUAAUGUGGAUGGUCUACGAUCGUGACUGUGAUGGAUGGUCUAUGAUCUGUGAUGUCUAUGAGGUGACUGUGAUGGAUGGUGCAUGGUCUAUGAUCGUGACUGUUAUGGUUCGUACACAGACCUAGUGGUGCUGGGGAAUUCAGCGCAGAGAAGACCUGCUUAGUUAAAAUGGAGUGAGACAAGAAGCGCUAAGAGCCUAUCCAUUCGCACAGAGUGGAGUUGCUAGGUAACAGGUAGCACACAGUUAUGUAAUUGGCAAUGCCUCCAGCUUACAUGUCUUAUGGCUUUUCCUCCUGGGAACCAGAGCCAUCCCAGGCAGCCAGGCAGUCAGGGGGAGGCUUCCUACUAAAAGCCCCAUCGAUUGAGCUGGUGGGUGAGGAUGUGGGUUUCCCUUUCCCACCCCCCUCUGUGCUGUUUACUCCUAAUGUCAACAGUGAGAAAGGAUAGAUGUGUGUCUGCAGCACACAGAUUUUUAAGGGCCAAAAAUGCUCUUCAUAUUUUUCUGGUAAAAUAUACAUUUGGUGUAAUAGUUUUUGUGGUGUAGCAUUGACUGACCUUUUCAUUGCAUUUUGUGGUUAUAACAUGUUAUCUCAUUUAGAUUCCUAUGGAGUAAUACAAAUACUUUUUAUCAUACAAUGUAUUAAAAAACAAAGAAUACAAAUGCCUCCUUACCCAUGCAAUCUAGUAAUCUGUUUAAGAGCUAAUUAAACCCUUGCUUGUUUUGGUGUGUUUCAGUACUACUUCACCGUCAAUUUCACCCAUGAAAACCAGAAAGCCCUGGAGUUGCGUACAGAGGAUGUAAAGGACUGCGAUGAAUGGGUGGCGGCAAUAACACAUGCCAGGUACCAGGCCUCUACUACUCCCCUCUCUACCCAGUCAACAACUGCAUCAACACACACAGGCUAUUAUUGAUGGUUACUGUAUGGCUGGGUAUAAUCUCUUACUGUAGAUAUGACAUGAGGCAUGGUUUGAAACUUGAGGUGUGAUAAAAGUGUCAUGCAGCAUUAAGGCAAGCUUAUUGACAUACAGUUCUGGGGACAAAUGCUAAAGAAAAUCAGAUAGGGGCCUUGAGAAGGACUGUGCAAAGGCCCCCUGUUUGGCUUUUUUAAAUGUCCCCUGAGGUAAUAGUAUGUAUGCAGCUCAUGUUAAAACAUAUUGCUGACAUCGCUCUGGUGUUGGAUUUUGUUAUUUAACUGUUGGUAGUGAAUUGGUAUUGUAUGAUUUCAGUUGAAUGAAAUGGGGUGACUGGUGAUGUAGCCUACUUUAUAAUAAUAAUUGUGAAAUAUGCAGUGCCGUUGUAAUAAUUGGUGGUCUAUUGUGACUGUGGAUUUGGGCAGAGUUCUGAGGUUAUUCUAAACCAGGGAUGGGAAACUGGCGGCCCGCGGCCCCCCUUUUGUAGGCCUGCGGAUCAAUUUAAAUGUUUAGGAACUCAACUUACUGUUGAGAGUUAAAAUACUGGAAUAAACAAGGUGCAAUUUCGAAAUGUGGUUGUACAUCGCCCGUUUUUCUCUUGUUAUGUCAUGUUUCCAUUAACUUGUCCAGUGAUUUCUUUUUUCUUUUUCUUUUUUUUUCUCUUAGAAAAUAGAUUUGACAAUUGCCUGCUACGGUGCGUUUCCAUUUAACAAUCUUGUGUCGAUAAAAACAUCUGGACGUAAUGACAUACACCUAAAAAAUAAAACUUGUUCCCAAAAAACCUACCGUGUCUAAUAUAAAUUCAUUGGUUGAAGUGUUUCCAUUACCCAUUUAGGCAAAUUGCGUAUUAAUAAAUUGUCGACAGCCUGUGUGCCCUCCCACCUAUCUGAUUCAUGUCUCAGGUAGCCCGCAAAAGCCAGCAUGGAUAGAAUGCAAGAAUUUACUAAUAUUUGCCAUAUUCUAAUAAUUCUCAUGUGCCAACAUAUCGCCACGGUCUGUGCCAUGGUGAAUCCAUGGUGAAUCCGUGCCAGAUCUGAAAUAAUUGGAUGGUGAAACUUGUAUCAAGCCAACCAGAAAAGCAAGGCAAAGCAAUUCAGCCAUUCUUAAAAGUCAGGAUAGGAUCCUGCAAAGAAACAUCAUUUUUAUAGUUGAAAAAUUGAUUAAGCACGCAGCAGGCAUUUGUGUGGAGUGGAGCUUCAUUCUAUAGGUACGUGUUGACAUCACGUGUCCCACGUACCUUAAAGAUUAUUUGGCAAAUAUCAUUUAUUCGAAAAACACAGUUUCCAUUAUCAUUUGUCGCGAUAAAGAAAGUUUGGCAAAAGACAAAUCCAACCCUGUCUAAUAGAUAAAAAUGUUGUCGAUCUUUAGAAAAUGUAUUCUCUAUAUACCAUUUCAAUUACACAUUAUUUUUGCAACAUUGCUUUUGUCUAAUAAACCUGGGUCAGUGGAAACAUGCCUACUGACAGUCACUCGAUUAGCCAAUGUCAGCUAACAUUAUUUAUAUAAAAAAAUAUGUUUAGCGGCCAGCUAUCUAAACCUGUAGUAAUCAUAGUCGAAUUACCGACCUAGCUCCCAUUGAUUUUGUUAGUCACUCUCACUCAGAUAUCAUAUAAACAUUUCUCUCCACCCUAUGCCAAAAUGUGUAGAAUUGUGGAAAAUUAGCUGUAAAAUUAGAGAGAAAAAUCUCUGACCCAUGGCAAAAUGAGUAUAAUUGCAUGAAACUGCAUAUAAAAUUGCUAAAUCUUCUCUCCGCCCCAUGGAAAAAUGCAUAGAAUUGCAGCUAAAUGGGGGGGGGGGGGAUACGCAGACCAGCGAGCCACUAUGAUAAAUUCAGAUUUUUUGGUGGCCCCUACCCCCACCAAAGUUGCCCAUCCCUGUUCUAAACCAUAUGGGCCUGCUGUAUUUUGGUUGUUUAUCUGCCGAGACAAUAUACUGUAGUAGCACUUCAGUGAACACAAAGGAUAUUAAUAUUUCACAGCACUCCAUUAUGUGAAUGUGCAUAGACCUACACACCUGAGAGGGCUGUAUGGGUACAGGUGUGUCUGUGGGACGGGGGUGGAUUGGUGGAUGUAUACAGUCUGCAUAUGGGGGAGCAUAUAGAGUCUUGAGUGUGUCUGGAGCUUUGAAUGUAUGGAAACAUGUCUGUGGUGAGUUGCUGCCGUGUGUGUGAGUGUGUGUUUCCUGUCCACAGUUACAGGAACCUUGCCACAGAGCAUGAGACGCUCAUGCAGAAGUAUCUCCAUCUACUCCAGAUCGUGGAGACAGAGAAAACGGUUGCUAAGCAACUUCGACAACAGAUAGAGGACGGGGAAAUAGAGAUUGAACGGCUAAAAUCAGAGGUAAUAUUCAUAAUGAUUCUUUCUGCCUCAGUGGGGGAUUGUUAUGUUUUUGCUAUACUGAACAGGAAAUGGAUUGGAGCUUGUGUGGGAUCUAGGGCAACUACAGUACAGUUAAAUGUCUCUCAGGAGCACCGCUCAAGAUUUCUAGGAUUUUGUCAUCUGAGUGAACUGAAAUGGAUAAGGGCUGUGCUAGUUUUUUCUUUAUGUCUAUCUUAUUUGAUCAUGAGAGAGCGAGAGAGAGUGAUUGGGAGAGAUUGGGAGAGGAGAAAUGGGAGCGCCACUCUGUCACGAAGAGAUGUGUGCAGACCCACCGGGCUGCACUUUGCAUCUCCACUCAUAAAUAAUCCCUCCAAUAGAACUAUGCUCCCUGCUGUAUUCUUCAGAUCAAAUAGUCAUUUUACUUUAAUGUGCAAAUGUGGGGCUUGAAAUGAAAUGGUCUGCUGAAUAUGCAUGAACAGGGCUUUAUUAUACACAGUGCAUUGCCCCCCCGCCCCCCACAAACAUAAUAAUAAACUCUAUCAGUCUAUACAAAGUAAAUGGGGACACUUACCUUCAGACAGUUCUGGGCAGCUCCCAGCUCUUUUGUGCAACACAUUUAUCGCUUUUCAAUGUACAGCAGCACAGUAUCGCACAGUGCGUCUGCAUUUCUAACCAAUGGAAAAGAGUGCUGAUUUAGAGAUAUUAGCCAAGUGAACAGAGUUAGUAUUUCCACCACCACUACCACAUGUCAGAGCUGGCAGCUUUGACAGCCUCUAAUCUCAUUUGACACAGUCACUUUGUUAAUAUGCUGGGAAGUGAGGAGGAAACUUGGAGAGCUGGUUGUGAGUGAUGAUGACUGGUCUAUCCUGUCUGUGGAUGUUCUCUUUGGCAGAUUUCCGGGCUGCACAAAGACAACGGGAAGAUCCAGUCUAGUCCAACAGCCGAACCCAGCGAAGAUGAUGACUCUGAACUCAAGAAAAUCAAAAAAGUACAUCUUUACACAAAAUAUUUUAGACUAUUUUCUGUAUAUUUGCCAAUGUUGGGGGGAAAAACUCACCUUCCAUUCCCCACAAUUCCCGUGGUCUACUAGGUGCAGAGUUUCCUGCGAGGCUGGAUGUGCAGGAGGAAGUGGAAGACCAUCAUCCAGGACUACAUCCGGUCUCCCCACGCAGAGAGCAUGAGGAAGAGGAACCAGGUGGUGUUCAGCAUGCUGGACUCUGAGGCUGAGUACGUCCAGCAGCUCCACAUCCUGGUCAACAACUUCCUUCGACCACUCCGUAUGGCCGCCAGCUCCAAGAAACCACCCAUCACCCACGACGACGUCAGCAGCAUCUUCCUCAACAGGUGUGCAGCUGUAGAUGAUCACACCAAGCUAACCACUCACACUGCUGUCUCUCACCUCUCUCUGGGAGACAGUGAUACGACUGUCUCAAUGCUGUAGGAGUUUAUGUUCAUGCAUUACAACUAUGGUCGAUAAUGAAAACAUAAUGACACUAAGCUGUGUCAAAGCCUCAUUCUAAGAUGUUUAUUUAUUUUAUUUAUUUAACCUUUACUUAUAUAGGUAAGUCAAUUAAGAACAGAAUCUUAUUUGCAGUGACGACCUGUCAAGAGGCAAGUGCAGCGAUAUAACAUUUAAACACACUUGCACAUACAGGCGUAUUCGCUGUUUGCAUGUUUAAAUCCUUUUCACAUAACUAUGGCUACUGCAUAUUUUUCUCAGAAUGGACACUUAUAGUCUUGUUGAUUUCCCCUUUUCUUUAGUGAGACCAUCAUGUUUCUGCAUCAAAUAUUCUACCAAGGGUUGAAAGCAAGAAUAGCAAGCUGGCCAACAUUAGUUUUGGGUAAGCUGACUAAACUCAUUUUUUGGGGGUCACUCAAAUGGAUGGAUGAAUAUGAUAAUACAAUGCCCCAAUUGUCUUCAAUAUCAUCUAUCAAUCUCUCAUUCAGUGUAUCAAUCUCUCAUUGGUCCUCUCUUUCCACAGCGGACCUGUUUGAUAUUCUACUGCCCAUGCUAAACAUCUACCAGGAGUUUGUGAGGAACCACCAGUACAGUCUGCAGAUCCUGGCCCACUGUAAGCAGAACCGAGACUUUGAUAAGCUGCUGAAGCAGUAUGAGGCCAAGCCAGACUGUGAGGAGAGGACUCUGGAGACCUUCCUCACCUACCCCAUGUUCCAGGUGGGCAUACAGUACAGUAUACACUACUGUCUUGUCGUUGACUGUCCAGACCCUGUCUCUCACCUGAAACAGCUCUCUCUGUUCAGACAAAGUCUCCUCCACUGAUCACCAACAACACAGCAGCCAUUUGUCUCACAUGCCUUUGCUCAGAAUAUCCCUGUUAUGUUUUUCAUAACCACAUAAACCGGUUGUUUGUGAAGCUCAAGGUUUCAUAAUGGCUCUUUUCUGGCAAGGCAUGCAGUUUCAGUGCAGUCUGCUCCACUGGGGUCUAGUUUGGACUCUGCUGUGUUGGUAAUACAUUUCUGCUGAUGACUGUGGAUGUGCAUAGAGAUCCCCACCGCUACGAGUUUGUGUGUGUAUGUGUGUGUGUUUGCACGCAAUCUUGUAUGCAAGUAUGUGUGACUCACCUGCCCCUAUUCAUUCCCUGUCACUCCAGAUUCCCCGCUACAUUCUUACUCUCCAUGAGCUCCUGGCCCACACACCACAUGAGCAUGUGGAGAGGACGAGUCUGGACUAUGCCAAGUCAAAGCUGGAGGAGCUGUCCAGGUAUACCUGCCCUACCACCUUAUAGCACCAAAGCAGCACACAGGACACCUCAGUUUAUCAAUGCUUACCUAAGUUGUUAAACACAAACACAGUAGGAUAAUUGCUUACUGUACAGAAUGUAUACACACUGACAAAGUGAAUACAAUGACAUUCCAAAUGUGAAAAGACCAACCUCUCUGCCCCUAGAAUCAUGCAUGAUGAGGUGAGCGAGACAGAGAACAUCAGGAAGAACCUGGCCAUUGAGCGCAUGAUCGUAGAAGGCUGCGAGAUCCUCCUUGACACCAGCCAGACGUUCGUCAGACAAGGUAAGCGCUCAGAGAAGAUCCACAAAGGAAGCCCAGAUCCCACAUAAGGACACUAUCAUAGAAAUUGAUUUUCUACCUCUCAACUGUUUGACUGCCAGCCCCUUUGUGUUCUCACAAAUUCAAACAACCAUAGCCCUACCUGAGCCUCCAUAAGGGAAAGACUUAACCAGCGGCUUGGCCCAUAUAAUCCUGUCUGCCUCUGAAGAACAGCAUGUACUGAAAGUGGGCCGACUCUAUCAUUUCCAAGGGUAAUUAGACUGUUAGGAGGCAAUACGACAGUGAGUCAAGGUUUGUAAAUGUCAUACAUCCCCAACCGGCUUUGAUGGACGUUUAAAGAAGAGGCAAAACAUAUAGAGAAAUGGUUUAACCCUACAGUAUGUAUAUAUCCCCCCAGUCAGUGAACAGGUGAGGGGAGGCCUCUCCCAGUCUUGCAGUACAGUUGAUCUGUGGGCCUCUCGUCACUGACAGGGCCCCCUGCUGUCUGUCUCUCUCCCUCCUGCCAUACAGGCUCUCUUAUCCAGGUGCCAAUGAGUGAGAAGGGCAAGAUCACCCGUGGGCGACUGGGCUCUCUGUCUCUGAAGAAGGAGGGGGAGAGGCAGUGCUUCCUCUUCUCCAAGCAUGUCAUCAUCUGCACCAGGGGCUCUGGAGGGAAACUGCACCUCACCAAGGUGGGCGUGCCCUGGGCUGCUGAGCCUGCUAUACAAUCUCUCAAGAUGCAUCAUUUACCAAACUCCCAGAGCUUAAUGUAAAAUAAAAUAACAUUCAGGGGAUACAGUACACAGAUGAGGCUUUAGUUAAUACACAGCAAAUUGGCCUUGAUUUGAUUUUGUUACCUAGUGUUGAUUUUUCAGUGUAACAUGUUUAGUGUUUAUUCAGGUGUUAAAUAAACACUAAUUGGUGUAAAAGAACCCCAGUGUUGGUGUUAAUAACCAGUGUUAAACAAAAACAAUUAUUGCAUUUCCCAGAAUGCUCUAGUGUUGGUUGGUUUUUAGAAUUGUUUGUUUCAAUAUUUAUGUUUUUGCAUGUACAUUGAUUGAUUAAUUAAUCAUAUGCUACUCAUAUAUAAAUAACAUACAUUUUUCUAAACUAAUCUAAUCUGUUUGUUGGACUUAUUGCACCCAUUACUGAAAUGGUUGUUCCAGUUUAGAUGGUUAAUAUCUUUAUCACGACUCAGGAUAAGACCCAGAUGCAGACAGUUCGAAAUAGCAAAGGUUUAUUUACAAAAACGGGGCAGGCAAACGACAGGUCAAGGGCAGGCAGAGGUCAGUAAUCCAGAGCAAAGUCCGAAAGGUACAGAAACGGCAGGCAGGCUCAGGGUCGGGGUCAGGACAGGCAGAGGUUGGUAAUCCAGAACAGUGUCACAAGGUACAGAACGGCAGGCAGGCUCAGGGUCAGGACAGGCAGAAUGGUCAAAACCGGGAAAAACUGGAAAAACAGGGGCUAGAGCAAAACAGGAGUACGGGAAAACCGCUGGUAGGCUUGAUGAGACAAGACAAACUGGCAACAGACAAACAGAGAACACAGGUAUAAAUACACUGGGGGUAAUGGGGAAGAUGGGCGACACCUGGAGGGGGUGGAGACAAGCACAGACAGGUGAAACAGAUCAGGGUGUGACAAUCUUAGUCUUCCCAACCUUGCAAUCGUUCUGAAUUCAAAAUGUUAGAUAUCCACACUCUGGCUGGAUUCCAAUAGAAAUUACACAACACUUUGCAAGCCAUCAUAAUGUGACUUUCAGACCUGAAAACCUUGAGUUUCAGGCCACUGUAUUAGGGUAAAACUAGGCCCUCAAAAUAAGGCCUUAUUAAUAAAUAAUUUUACUGCAGUGGGCUAAAUCAGUGUUUCUUGGUAGUCUUAAACAAAUCUGCUUUGAAACAAAAGUAUGCAUCUCACACACAUGUUUAUGGGCUUUAUAAAAAGAAGACACCUGUACCAUGUCAGAUAUAGAGUUAAAUGUAUACAUUUUGAGUUUUCAUCCCAAUAUAACACUUUAUAUACAUUACAGAAGACUGAAAUGUAACAAAACCGUUUGACAUAGAAACACCGGAUUUUCGGCUGUUUUUUUUAACGAAUGUUUAUUAAUUAUGAAAUUAUGACAAAUAUUAAUAACAUUCCACCCAUGAGGCCACCAGAGGGCGAUUUGGUCAUUUGACUGCAGGAAAGGACUACAUAGUUGUUGCAGCUGAUUUAAUCUGUUUAUUGACCUGUAGUCCUACAUGUGUUGAAAGUUGUCCUGCUACAUAAUAAUGUCAGUGAUAUUGUUAUUGAUUAUUCAGUAGUGGAGGGGAUUCUUGGAAUGUGGUUGUGUGUGUGCUAAUGCAUAUUGUAUGUUAAUCUCAGAAUGGCGUGGUCUCUCUUAUUGACUGCACUCUUCUGGAAGACCCUGAGGGGACAGAUGAUGAGUGUAAGCGCCACACUAUUUCAUUCCUAGCUCACUGAAAUAUGGAGCAUGUAUGCUGUGCUGUAUAAUGUAUGAUUCCUGUAUGUAGAGUGUAACAUAUGGUACAAGAUGUAGAGUCACAAUUUUAUUAACUUUACUAUAGACUCCCAGAAAAGUUUCAUCUGUUCAUCAUCAUUUAGAAGUACAAAAAACCUCUCAUUUAUGCCAUAGUAAUGACCCAUUUCUCCUAUUCACCUCUGUUUUUGUUUUGCCCAAAGCCAAACCAGACAAGGGCGUACAGGACAUGGAGCAUCUGGACUUUAAGAUCGUGGUGGAGCCUAAAGAAGGCCAGUCGUUCACAGUGAUCCUGGUGGCCUCCUCACGGCAGGAGAAAUCUGCCUGGACCAGUGACAUCAGCCAGGCACGUCUGUUCUGCUCUGCAUGCAUUGCAUCUGUCUGUCUCCAGCAGGGAGACAUGGGUGUCUGUCUGCAGAGUGGCUGUACUCACACCUUUCCUCUCCCUCACUCCUUCUCUUCUUCUCUCUUACAGUGCAUAGACAACAUCCGCUGCAAUGGGCUUAUGAUGAACGCAUUUGAGGAGAACUCUAAAGUCACCGUGCCACAGAUGAUCAAGUGAGCCCCAUUCACAACCACAGCAAAACAGUUAAUGAGAUGUUCAUGCAACAUACAGAUCUUUGUGGUGUCUUUAUUUGUGUGUUCUAGUGUUUUCAUAUGUGUUUGUGUGUUUUUCUGUGAGCAGGUCAGACGCCAGCCUGUACUGUGACGACGUGGACAUCCGUUUCAGUAAGAUGAUGAACUCGUGUAAGGUGCUACAGAUCCGCUAUGCCAGCGUGGAGAGACUCCUGGAGAGGCUGACGGACCUGCGCUUCCUCUCCAUCGACUUCCUCAACACCUUCUUGCACUCCUACCGUGUGUUCACCAGCGCAAACGUGGUGCUGGACAAACUCAUAACCAUCUACAAGAAACCCAUCAGUGCCAUCCCAGCCCGGUAAGGCCAUAAAGGAGAUGCUAGUACUUUAGCCUUGACUUUGACAAACACAGCCAGCAAAAUGUCCAGAUCUAUCUCAUGCAUAGUGCUUUAGCUGUUUAAAGAAGAUACAUAUUCAGUGUUUUUGCAUUGCCAUGUCCCCGACACAGUAAAGAGGGCUGAAGUUAGGGCUGAUGACGAUAACAUCCCCUGACAGGCCCAGCAGCCUAUGGCCUCAUCUGGCUGCCUCUAUCUCCUUUAGCCCAACACUGAUUUCCUCACAGCUCUACUUCCACAGCCCACAGUAUUAGGUUUUCUUAACCGCGUCCUGUGUGUGUGUGUGUGUGUGUGUGUGUGUGUGUGUGUGUGUGUGUGUGUGUGUGUGUGUGUGUGUGUGUGUGUGUGUGUGUGUGUGUGUGUGUGUGUGUGUGCGUGUGUGUGUGUGUGCACGUGUGUGUGUGCACGUGUGUGCGCAUGUGUGUGCGCGUGUGCGUUUGUGUGUGUGUGUGUGUGUGUGUGUGUGUGUGUGUGUGUGUGUGUGUGUGUGUGUGUGUGUGUGUGUGUGUGUGAGGGAAGGUGAGAUGAGGUGAGGUGAGGAGAGGUCAUGUCUGUGUGUGUCAGUGUGGUGUGUGUUCUGAGUGAGAAGGCAGUAAUUGGGCCCAGACUCUUCUCCUGCCUGCCUAAGAGCGUCUCAGCAGGGCUCUGUCGCUGUCACCUUAGCAACCGGUCUCUCUGCUGCAGGACUCCACCCUCCCCUGGUCUGCAGAUGAUCUAUAGCAUGAAGUAUUUAUGGUGCGUGUUGUCGAGCAGAGCAGACCCCUUCUCCGGCCUAGUAUAGUGAGCCCAGCUCCCAGGCUCAGAUCAGGGGGAGCUCCCUCCCCAUGCCCACACCCUGCAGCAUGUUCUCCUGUGGAGCCUGUCAUGUCUCUGUGAGCCAUCGCCACUCUGAUGCUUGUGUCAGCAGCAUGGCCGCUCGCUCGCGGUGUCACUCGCUGUGCUAUUUAUGGGAACUCGUGAGGUCGCGAUGAGGGUGGCAGUGAGUGGGAGAGGUUUUCUGCAACAUUGUAUCAGAUUUUUUUGUUUUGUUGCAGAAAUACCAUGUUGCCUUGUAUUGUCGCUGUUGACAAUGUAUUGAUUUCUAUAUUUAACACAGAAAGACAUGCAUAAUUCUGAUAUCUUUGUUCUUUGCAACACACUGAAGUGCUGAAGUACGUAGCUACAAUACAUUCUUCUGACUAGAAUAAAAUGUGUUGUUUUUCCCUGAUGCAGAUCCCUGGAGUUGUUCUUUGCCAGCAGUCAGAACAAUAAACUCCUAUAUGGGGAGCCUCCUAAAUCCCCCAGGGCCAGCCGUAAGUUCUCCUCCCCCCCUCCCCUGGCUAUCACCAAGACAUCGUCCCCCAACCGCCGGCGUAAGCUCUCCCUCAACAUCCCCAUCAUCACUGGAGGAAAGGCUCUGGACCUGGCCGCCCUCAGCUGCUCCUCCAACGGCUAUGCAAGCAUGUACUCCUCCAUGUCCCCCUUCAGCAAGACCACCCUGGACAUCAACAAGUUAUAUGUCACCAGCCCCAUCACCAGCAAGAUCCCUGCUGAGGGAGAGGGCAAGACAGACAAGGCAGAGGAGACCACUGUGUCUAAACAAGGUAAGCCAGCUAAUCUGCACUGUGGAGAUGGGGGGAUUUAUGUCCUUACUGGUGCUUCUAAAGAGGAAUUUGGGCUAUUUAUUUGAAUAUAGAAUGAGGGUGCAGGAUUUGAAUCAUGAGAAGUGUCUAGAAUGUGGUAUUUACUGACCUGUUUUGCGCUUGGUGUAGAUAUUUCAGUUCCGGAGGAAAGUGACAUUGACCAAAACCAGAGCGAUGACGCAGACCCAGAAACGUCUCCUAUCAAGUCGCCAACCACCCCUCAAAAAAAUGUGAAGUGCAAAAACUCCUCAGGUACAUUGUGUCCCAGACAGCACAGUGGUGUUGUUAUCGCUCAGCGCCAUGAUACCAGAGCACCUGGAUCACAUGCUGGCAAGCCACCUGCAUCCUCCUCUCAGCCAAAAUACCCUAUUUAUCAAUAACUCAAAUAUGCUCUUCUGUUAAACAGAGUCAGUGAUAAGGAAUCAAAACAUACAGUUUUAAGGAUUUUUUUAUUGUUUUUAUUUAUAUAUACAGUACCAGUGAAAAGUUUGGACACACCUACUCAUUCAAGGGUUUUUCUUUAUUUUUACAAUUAUUUACAUUGUAGAAUAAUAGUGAAGACAUCAAAACUAUGAAAUAACACAUAUGGAAUUAUGUAGUAACCAAAAAAGUGUUAAACAAAUCAAAAUAUAGUUUAUAUUUUAGAUUCUUCAAAGUAGCCUUGAUGACAGCUUUGCACACUCUUGGCAUUCUCUCAACCAGCUUCAUGAGGUAGUCACCUGGAAUGCAUUUCAAUUAACAGAUGUGCCUUGUUAAAAGUUAAUUUGUGGAAUGUCUUUCCUUCUUAAUGCGUUUGAGCCAAUCAGUUGUGUUGUGACAAGGUAGGGGUGGUAUACAGAAGAUAGCCCUAUUUGGUAAAAGACUAAGUCCAUAUUAUGGCAAGAACAGCUCGAAUAAGCAAAGAGAAACGACAGUCCAUCAUUACUUUAAGACAUGAAGGUCAGUCAAUCCGGAUAAAUUUCAAGAACUUUGAAGUUGAAGUUUCUUCAAGUGCAGUCGCAAAAACCAUCAAGCGCUAUGAUGAAACUGGCUCUCAUGAGGACCGCCACAGGAAAGGAAGACCCAGAGUUACCUCUGCUGCAGAGGAUAAGUUCAUUAGAGUUACCAGCCUCAGAAAUUGCAGCCCAAAUAAAUGCUUCACAGAGUUCAAGUAACAGACACAUCUCAAAAUCAACUGUUCAGAGGAGACUGCAUGAAUCAGGCCUUCAUGGUCGAAUUGCUGCAAAUAAAGCACUACUAAAGGACAACAAUAAUAAGAAGAGACUGGCUUGGGCCAAGAAACACGAGCAAUGGACAUUAGACCGGUGGAAAUCUGUCCUUUGGUCUGAUGAGUCCAAAUGUUGGUUCCAACCGCCGUGUCUUUGUGAGAUGCAGAGUAGGUGAACGGAUGAUCUCUGCAUGUUUGGUUCCCAUCAUGAAGCAUGGAGGAGGAGGUGUGAUGGUGUGGGGGUGCUUUGCUGGUGACACUGUCAGUGAUUCAUUUAGAAUUCAAGGCACACUUAACCAGCAUGGCUACCACAGCAUUCUACAGCGAUACGCCAUCCCAUCUGGUUUGCGCUUAGUGGGACUAUAAUUUGUUUUUCAACAGGGCAAUGACCCAACACACCUCCAGGUUGUGUAAGGGCUAUUUGACCGAGAAGGAGAGUGAUGGAGUGCUGCAUCAGAUGACCUGGCCUCCACAAUCACCCGACCUCAACCCAAUUGAGAUGGUUUGGGAUGAGUUGGACCACAGAGUGAAGGAAAAGCAGCCAACAAGUGCUCAGCAUAUGUGGGAACUCCUUCAAUACUUAUUCAUGUUAUUUCCUCUACCUACCAUUAUAAAUAGUCAAAAGUGAUAGAGAAAAAUGCUCCUUUGAGUGUUCUAUGCCUAUUCAAUUGUCAGUGCCAUGGUGCAUACACUGCAGGAAUGCUCAAUUCUGUGUGCAAUGAUCUCUGCCACACAAGAUAAAAUUCAUGCAGACUGUAAUUUGGUGGAGAGAAUAUGAACAUGCAGGGAAAGCCAACGCUAGGAAUGAGUAGGUGUUGGGGAUACUUGUGUCAUAGCAACUACGGUAUGAGCGUGUUUCCCUGCCUGCCGCCCCCGGUAACGAGGUUGUUUUAGUACAAGACAGUCAGUGAAGAAGGCUUCUGCUGUCUGUCUUCCAGCUCUCAGGACAGAAUGUACACCAGGUCAAAGGUGAAUAGAAACCUGGCAUAAUUUACAUUUACAGUACCGUGGCGGCAGGUAGUCUAGCGGUUACGAGCAUUGGGCCAGUAACGGAAUGGUCGCUGGUUUGAAUCCCUAGGUGAAAAAUCUGUUGAUGUGCCCUUGAGAAAGGCACAUUGGUCCUGUAAGUCACUCUGGAUAAGAGUGUCCACAAAAUUGUACUCAGAUCAGUUUUAUAUUACUCUUACCAUAAAGCUCAACUUAUCUUAUUUGUUAAUUAAUCACACAGUAAUGUAUGUUUAUUGUCAGUCAGUGUGCACAGAAACCAGUCCAUUCUUCCAUUAUGCUGAUAUUGGUGGCUAUAUUUAGCUACAUCCAUCUUGAAUAUCAAAGCCUCAUGUAAGGUCUCUAUGUUCUACUGGGAGAGAAUGUGGUGCUAUUGGGUUCUGCUGCCCUCUACCGGAGACAGAAUAAAUGAAAACGUCCUGUUACACAAUGAAUUACACUGACACAAUAGCUAAUGCCUUUUUGGAUAAGAUCCAUUUAGUUGCAUAUCAGGAUUAAUGUUGCUUGCUAACCGUUGUCAACUACCUAUUAAAUCUCAGCGAAAAAGUUAGAGUUGCAGUUCCUACUGAAGUAGUAGUGACCCAUUAGUGACCUAUUGGACACAGACGUCAGUUCAAGGUCUAGUUUUGAUUUACAUUUGGUUGAAUUGUCAACUAUUGUGAAUUCAAUGUGAAAUCAACAAAAAAAUUCACCAUGUCAUUGGAUUUAGGUUAAACGUUAGGUGAAAAUAAUAAAUGCCCUUAUGUUGAUUACUUUUUGCAAAUCCACGUUGAUUCAAUGUCAUCAUAUUGAUUUUUUGGGGUUGAAAUUAUGUGGAAACAAUGUUGAUUUAACCCGUUUUUGCCCAGUGGUUAGAGACCAAUAAAGAGCAUUUGAUGCAGCUGACACUUUCAUGGAUCUCUUUAGUGGCUGUCCUAGUGCAGUCAUAAUCUCAACAAUUAUCUUUUAUUGGCUUGGAAUGGUCUUUCCAUUUUAUACCUACAGUACUUUAUUGUAAAGGUAUCGCAUUACAUCAAUUAAGUUCACUAAAAUGAAUCCCAUGGCAUUUUACAGCCAGUAUAACUGUCUCCAUAUUGUAUCUUCCUGUAGAAUUCUCCCUGUUCUCCUACAACAAUGGCACGGUGAUGUCGUCGUGUCGCCCUGAGAUGGACAACAACAACCGCAGUGCCCUCUCUGCAGCCUCCGCCUUCGCCAUCGCCACGGCAGGAGCCAAUGAGGGCACGCCCACCAAGGAGAAGUACCGCCGCAUGUCCCUGGCCAGCACAGGUACAGAGCGUAUUAAACAUCAGUUCUGUCCACAAUGGGACAAUUUGAGUACACCACAUGUUCAAAAGCAUGAGAACUUUAAUCAUUUUUGUUCUCCUCAAGAUAAAACAAAAUCGAUAUAGUCAUUCAAAAUGUUGGUGUGAUAUUUACAUGGCGUAUUUGAUCAAUUUUCACCAGGGUUCCAAACAGACCAGAGAAAUGGGGACAAAGAGUUUGUCAUCCGAAGGGCUGCAACCAACAGAGUGCUGAAUGUUCUGAGGCACUGGGUGUCAAAACACUCUCAGGUAAUAGUUCCAGAUACAUAGUUAUGAUAAUUCACUACUUCUAAUGUAAAAUUGAGUCCAGGUUUCCAAUCAGUUAACUAUUUUGUAUUUGUGUUGACCUCCAGGACUUUGAGAGUAACACUGAGCUGAAGCUGAAGGUAAUAGCCUUCCUGGAGGAGGUGAUGCAUGACCCGGAGCUGCUGACCCAGGAGAGGAAAGCAGCCGCCAACAUCAUCAGGUACCUACCAACACUACCAUCGCCUCAGCUUAUAGACACUCUGUUAUCAUUGAAUACAUGGGCUAUUACUUCUAUAGGGCUGAUUAACACUGAUGUACAGAGUAAAGAGAAACACAUUAUAAAUACAUACUUGACUCUGUUGUAUGGUCUAUUAGGACCCUGACACAGGAGGACCCUGGUGACAAUCAGAUCAGCCUGGAGGAGGUGACACAGCUGGUGAGUGGGAUGUCUGCAUGUAUCUGGCAGUAAUGUAAAGAAGACACUGUGUUUUACACAAGACGGCAAUUCAGUCAAUAGAGGACAAUCUCUCUUUGACAUAUGUUAGAAUAUAGUGAAGUAGUUGUCAUACCUCGCGUCUUGAGAAUGUUUACCAGUGAUGCUCUGUUGUGUGUGUGCUAGGCGUCAGUAGGGAAGGCGGAGGCGUUUGAGAGCCAUUCUGCCCUGGAGAUAGCAGAGCAGCUCACCCUACUGGACCACCUGGUGUUUAAGGUCAUCCCAUACGAGUGAGUGACACCCAAACACAUGUUGUAUUCUCAGUUGAUGAUACAUACAGAUGUACAAUAUGGGAGAUAUACAGUGAUUUUUGAAUAACAUUCAUGCAGUAUUAAUAAGAAUAAAUUAGAUGUAUUUCUACUUGAUCCUCCAAUAUUGUUUUAUAGAGAGUUCUUUGGUCAAGGCUGGAUGAAGAAUGACAAGAAUGAAAGGACACCAUAUAUCAUGAAAACAACAAAGCACUUCAAUGAUGUAUGCAGCCAACAACGCCCAUCCCCCAACAUAAUAUUACCACUGUACAUCUUCACUUUUUUAUUACAGUGUAUGGCUUUGGUUGUUAUGCAUUAGGAACAUGGCUAUUCCUUGUCUGUCUUGCCUCUGUUAGAUCAGUAACCUGAUUGCCACGGAGAUCCUGCGCUGUGACGACGUGACCACACGGGUGGCGGUGAUGGAGAAGUGGGUGGCGGUGGCGGACAUCUGCCGUUGUCUCCAUAACUACAACGCUGUGCUGGAGAUCACCUCCUCCCUCAACCGCAGCUCUGUAUUCCGCCUCAAGAAGACCUGGCUCAAAGUGUCCAAGCAGGUGGCCACAUCUCCUCACUACACACGCCCAGCUCACUGUGGGCUCGUAGCGUGGUCCUAGUAAUAUUACUACACGUUUUAUCAUUGCACUGGGACCUCAAUACACUCUUAUAAACAGCUUGAUAUGACACCUCAGACCUCUAUGAAUCCGUAUUGCUUAUUAACGAUUACACAUCACUUUAACAAAGGUGAUUAUACCUGGGUGUUUUCCAACAUAAUAUUUUGAUACAGUAUUUUAUUUCAUCCCUCAGACUAAAACAGUAAUUGACAAGCUGCAGAAGUUGGUUUCGUCAGAGGGGAGGUUCAAAAACCUGAGGGAGGCUUUAAAGAAGUAAGUGUUUCUUCUGCUUGUUCUAAUAACUACAAAAGCCAAUGUGUACCAUUCGGGCAGUGGAUCGAUCAAAGUAUAAGCAAAUUGGUGACAUCCUGCUCUUCUGUUUUUCCUUGUAGCUGUGACCCUCCCUGUGUACCAUACCUGGGGAUGUACCUCACUGAUCUGGCUUUCAUUGAGGAGGGGACGCCCAACUACACUGAGGACAAAUUAGUCAACUUCUCAAAGAUGAGGAUGGUAAGCGGUCUCUGCUGUAUAAUAUAAUCAUACAUAAUGUAUAAUAUAUAAUAUAAUGUAUAAUAUAGAGAUAUUAAAAUGUAUUCUCUGGCUUUGUAUUGUAUAUAUGGCUUAUGUUGUUCUCGCUCUGCAGAUUUCCCAUAUCAUCAGAGAAAUUAGACAAUUCCAGCAAACAGCAUACAAGAUUGAUCAUCAGCCAAAGGUAAACUUUUAAAGCUGUUUCGUGCUAAAUUGUGUUAUAUUGUACAUAUAAAGAGAAACAGAAGAAAAUGGCAAUGGCCAUGAGGGAAGUCAAAUUUAAAGUCUGAGUGUCUGUAUUUGUCACAUCGUAUAGAUUAUCGUAGUAGUAGCCAACCUGCUGAAACUGUAUAUUUGUCCUGGUCUAGGCAGCACAGUAUUUGCUGGACAACAGCUCUGUUUUGGAUGAAGAAAGCCUGUAUGAAGCCUCUCUCAGAAUUGAGCCUAAAGUCAACAACUGAAGAGGAUGACAGUUUCCCAAAGUGUACUCUGUUAAAAAACUAUUAUCAUACACAGUAGACAUAAACAAUAACUGG